UGCCACGCUCGCGGACUUUUUCCGACGUGGCAUAACCCCACUGGUCCUUCCCACGUAGAUCCUCGAGCUCUCUCUAGGCCACUCUGCGGAGAAUUCUUCGACGGCUCCCUCCUCAUUGCGUCUCCGUUUGUUUCCCGAGAAACCAAAAGAAAAAGCGAAGGGGAAAGGGGGAAAAAAAACAAGAAGAAGAAACGAAGAACUAUGGCGGUUCGAGCAACCGUGUCCCGGUUCCCGAUGGACCAAGACGCGCAGGAGUCAUCAGGUCUCCCAUGGGGAGUCACCGUUACGCCAUUCGCUUCCAAGGACGAGAACAGCCAGUCGCCUACUUAUGGAUCCGACGGUCAUUUAUUACCUCGAUGCGAGAAUUGCUACGCCUACUUCAACACCUUUUGCGAGCUCGAACAGUGGGCCUGGUCCUGCUCUCUCUGUGGAACCCUCAAUGGCCUUACCUCUCGUGCCAUUGCGCGUUACUCGCACCCUCAGUCUUGUGCAGAAAUGAUGUCGUCGUUUGUCGAUCUCGAGUUGCCUAUGGAGGGUUCAGAGGAAGAAAUGAUGGAAGCUCGUCCAGUCUAUGUUGCUGCUAUUGAUUUAUCGUCUUCGGAGGAAUUUUUGGAGCUUACUAAAAGUGCGCUGCAAGCAGCAUUGGAAGCUCUUGCUCCCGGUUCUUUGUUUGGACUUGCAACUUUCAGCCACAAGAUAGGGUUGUAUGAUGUCCAAGGGCCUAUUCCAGUUGUAAAGAAUGUGUUUAUUCCUCCUGAUACUGAGGGCACCCUACUGAUCGAGCUUGAAGAUGUCAUGCCUUUAUUACAGUUCUUAGCCCCUGUGGAAACUUGUAAGGACCGUAUUACAGCUGCACUUGACACGCUUAGGCCAACAACUGCAUGGGAGAGAACCACUGGUGCAGGUCAAGGACUAGAUGGUGUUCUGAUGGGCGGGCGAGGUUUUGGUGUAGCAAUGGAAGCCUUAUUCAAGUACCUUGGAUCAGAGUAUGGAAACACAUUUGCUUUAGCUAGAGUCUUUGCUUUCAUGUCUGGUCCUCCUGAUUAUGGAGCUGGGCAACUAGACACAAGGAGGUAUGGUGAGCAAUAUGCGAGUAAAGGUGAGGAUGCAGACAGGGCUUUACUUCCUGAGCAGACACCUUUCUAUAAAGAUCUGGCUGCUGUCGCCGUUCAAGCAGGUGUUUGUGUAGACAUAUUUGCUGUUACAAAUGAAUAUACAGAUUUAGCAUCUCUUAAGUUUCUCAGUAUUGAAAGUGGAGGCUCAUUGUUCUUGCAUUCAAAUACUGAUGACUCAACACUUCCUCAAGACAUCUAUCGGAUGUUAAGUCGACCAUAUGCUUUUGGUUGUAUACUUCGAUUGAGGACCUCUUCGGAAUUUAAGCCUGGUCAUUCUUAUGGUCAUUUCUUCCCAGACCCACAGUACGAAAAUGUUCAGCAUAUUAUUUGCUGUGAUUCUUAUGCUACAUAUGCUUAUGAUUUUGAUUUUGCGAAUACAGAUGGCUUUGCCAGAUAUGCAUCAGAACAACCUGUAGUACAAAUUGCAUUUCAGUACACAGUCGUAGUGCCCCCGGAAGAGCUUUCAAGUCCAGGAUUGGUUUCCGCAAGUGGAGGCAAGCAUUCCCUUCAAAGACGAUUGAGGAUCCGAACUUUGCAAUUUGGAGUUGCCCGAAAUAUUCAUGAAAUCUAUGACAGUGUCGAUCCUGAAGCAGUUCUAUCAAUACUUGUUCACAAGGUUAUAUUAGCCUCUCUGGAGCAAGGGGUUAGGGAGGGCAGGAUGUUGCUUCAUGAUUGGCUCGUAAUACUUGCUGCUCAGUAUAAUGACGCAUAUAAACUUGUUCAGUUUAAGAAUGGAACUUCACUGAAUGGUCAGAUCGAUGUUGCAUUCUCACAAUGUCCACAACUACAGCCCUUACCUCGCCUAGUUUUUGCUUUGCUUCGAAAUCCUCUACUCUGCUUCCAUGAAGAAGGUGUUCAUCCUGACUACCGAAUCUACCUACAAUGCCUUUUCAGUGCUCUCGAACCAAGUUCCCUUCAUCAUGCCAUAUAUCCAGUAUUAAUGUCAUAUUCUACGCCUGAUAAACAAGCAUAUCCUCGCCACUCUUUGAGCCGAGCUGCUCUGAUUACCAGUGGCAGUCCAAUAUUUUUCCUUGAUGCAUUUACAACUCUAAUUGUAUUCUAUUCUUCUACAGCAGAUCCCUCACUUCCUUUCCCUCCACCUCAUGAUUGUUUAUUGAGAAGUACAAUUAACAAAUUGAAGCAAGAUAGGUGUAUCACUCCUAAAUUGAUUUUUAUCCGGGGAGGGCAGGAUGAUGCCUCCGUUUUUGAGAAUUACCUCAUAGAGGAACAAGAUGUUGAUGGUCAAGGCUUCACAAGUGUAAUGGGCUUUGUUUCUUUCCUUGAGGACAUCACCCAGAGCGUGUUGGAAUACAUGAAAUAAAAAGACCAGAAAACUGCUAAGCUCACACAUUUACUGCAGGUGGUUCAACUGGGUAAGAGACAGCCAAUAUCAAUACAGAAAACGGCCUCUGUAGUUCAAACCUAUAUUUUUGGGGACCAAGUGUUUUUUUUUUUUUUUUUCUUUUCUUUUCUGAAAAUCUUUCUACUUAAAUCAGUUGGAAACCCCCUUCCUCAUUAAUACAGAUUAGAUCUAGGAACAUAGUUUACUCUCUGUAUGCUAAGGUUGCAGGCAUCGGAAAUUUUGCCUGUGUGUUUUUGGUUGCAUAUUUGAUAGAUGUUAAUAAAACUGUACUAAAAGUUGCUUUCCUAGGUACUUAUCA